AGGAGCUUUCCCUCCGAGCGAUAGUUUUUCGAAGGAUAUACCAUACAAGAAUUCAGGAGCAGAGCAGAGAUCUUCGCAAGGAUCGUUUCCUUCCCACACAACUGUUAUUUUCUUUAUCAACAGGCCCUGCGUUUUUUUUUGCUAGGUAUCAACCGGCCUUGCUUAGCACCCGCACACAGAGAGAUGCAGGCGAUGACGUUAAAUUCAUCCUACUGCAGGGCCCAGCAAGGCAUCGAAGCCUCCUGUUCCUGUUCUUUAUUAAACUUGCGUCCUUCCUUUUUCCAGAAAUCGAGUUUUUGUGGCAACCGGAUACCAGUUCUUAGGUCCGGCUUUUUAUUGCAGAAGGGGUUAUUGCGUUCUCUUCGUGUUCGCAAACACACGGAUACGCUUGGAAAAGUAGUCAAAGCUAUUGCUACACCUGAAUCAGCAAUAGAAUUGCCACUAACAGCAGAAAAUGUUGAAAGUGUAUUGGAUGAAGUACGCCCAUAUCUCAUGGCAGAUGGGGGUAAUGUGGCAUUGCACGAGAUUGAUGGUAAUAUUGUCCGAUUGAAAUUACAAGGAGCAUGUGGAUCCUGUCCAAGUUCUGUAAUGACAAUGAAAAUGGGCAUUGAACGCCGUCUAAUGGAAAAUAUUCCUGAAAUAGUUGCAGUUGAAUCAAUAGCAGAUGAGGAAACAGGGCUUGAGCUAAAUGAAGAAAAUAUAGAAAAGGUCCUUGAAGAAAUAAGGCCAUACCUUGUGGGAACUGGAGGUGGCGGUCUUGAACUUGUUGCAAUUGAGGAGCCUAUUGUGAAAAUCAGAAUCAUGGGGCCUGCAGCAGGAGUCAUGACUGUUCGGGUGGCAGUUACACAGAAGCUGCGAGAGAAAAUCCCAGCUAUUGCAGCAGUUCAACUCCUGUAAGCUUCCCCACAUGAAUUGGGACGUGACAUUCUCCUCAUGCUAAUUAUAUACAGCAUGACAUAAGCAACCAAAUCUGUAUAAAUAUUGCUUUAGGUGCAUUGAGAUCCUGUACAGUAUACCUUUGGUUGCAGUAUUUGAUAGUGUGUGAUUCCUUGUGUAACCCCGAAAUGUUAUAUAGACAAGGAAUUUUCUAUAUUCAGAGAAAUUCUGGAGAAUUUGAAAUUUCAUGUUAACCUUGAAGGGUUUUAAACAUGAGUUGCUGAUUUUAUACGAGAUGAGCAAGGGAGAAGAAACGCCUAAACGGAUUUGAAAUGUGGUCCGGUGGAAAAGGAUUUGGCAGCAACAACGAGACCCACUUCGUAUAAACUAUAAAGAAUGUAGUAGUCACACUUCAGGACCUGUUUAGUGGUGGCUCCUAGUCUGAGUUAUUCUCUGAACGUUUUCGUUGAUCAAUGUAAAUUGGUGUAAAAUAUGUAUUGUUGUCACAUCACAUAUCACUUCAACUAGAAAAAUGCAUGUGGGGCUGAUGUUUAUUUAUA